AUGAGGCGGAGGUAACAGUCACGUCAUACGGGAUACGUCGACGUCGCGUUUUGUCAGCGACAGCUCGUAAUUCUGAAUAAUUUAGUCGCAGUCAUGCCGUUCUCACAUCUGCCAGCAGUCAUCAAUCGCCUCGGGCCUCAACUUGUCGCGAUUUACACGAGGUGAAAGAUCGAUUGAAGGCUUUAGACUGACUCCAUGGAUAGUAAUGUAUAUAUUGUUUUCACAAAAGGUGAAGUCGAAACAGAUUAUGAACUGGCGGUUUUGUUGAUUGUAUUUUAUAAAAGGUCAUUCUAAAUAACUUAUGUUAUAUUAUUAUUCAAAAAAAGAACUGCGACAACCCAAUAUAAUUUAAUUUACCUAAUAAAUGUUUUUCUUAUCUUUUUUCUCUAAAUAACAUGAUUUUCGAGCCUUAUGUAAUAAAAAAAUGUAAGUAAACUAUGAGAAUAUUUCUUUAAUCAUAGAAUUUUUAAAAAAAUCCUUUCUAACAGAAAAAAAGUUUCUAUUCUUUUGGAGUCUAACGGCGUCAAAGUCUUGAAUGACCUAAAUUAACACGGGAGGCGACUUUUUCCAAAUUAUAGUUUUAUGAAAAAAAUUUUUCGCAGCCUUCAGUUCAACGAGGACUGUUGAACGGUAUAAAAAAAUAUUUUUAAAUGACAAAAUAAACCUUUAGAAAACAAAAAAAUAACUUCGAAUAUUUUUGUUUUUGGCUCAAAAAAAUUUCUCUUAGUCACCUCUGACCUCAUCUCAUACGUCAGAAAGUUCAAAAUAGUAUGGUACACAAUUAUCUUAUCACUGUCUUAUCAAAUUGGCACAAAAUGACGCCGCAGCCUCUUAGAAGCCUUCUAAAUCAGUUGAUAACGCCGAAAACUGCUAUGAAACUUGAUCAUUUCGCCCCAUUCCCUGGAGAAAGAGAAAAAUAUGUUUGUAGAAUACUUAGGCUCAGUUGAAAAGAAAAACAGUUUGCAGAGGUUUUUUUUAUUCCAAAAACAACUCAGAAAAGUUACGUCAAACUCCUGAGAACAGGCAAAUCCGAAAUGCAUUGGCCGAUCAACACGUGUGGAGCUCAUCCGAAAUGCAGUACUACCCCCUUUUUCUCGAGACAAUAAAUAUUGCAUUCAACAGUGCUCAUGGGGUCAAAUUUGGACAACAGCUGCAGAUCCGCCCCGUUUUGCGCCAUUCUUUCGCGCCUAGAUCGCCAACGGCGACGACACCUACCGUACUCCUACAGCUUUCUGGUUAUCAGCCGCAUUUCGCUGCGAUAUUCUGAGAAAAUAAACAAGUACAGUAUUCUCAAUGGAGACGGCACCGCUGAGCGCCAUGGGCCAUGUGAUCGAGUCGAUUGGAGUGGACUUGGACAUGCAGGUGAUGAUCCGAAGAAUGGAAUCUUGUCUUUUCAGAUAUCCAAAUCGAAAAGAAGGAACAAAAAAAAAAUCAGCUCCAAGAACUCUUUUCGUUUCAUCCAAAGCAAUGUAUCUUUGAAAUCUCCAUAUUUCAGUUUUUCAAAUGUUCAAAUAUAUAUUAUGAUGUCUUUCAGAACAAGUGCAGCCAUUGUGGCGCUUCGAUUCUUGAAAAGAUGCUGUGCAAAGUUUGUACUUGUUUCCCCUGGAGUUGUUCUGCUUUUGCUUCUUUUUUUUUCGUGUUUUGCUCAACGCUUUGUUAAAGAUACAGUAUAUUUCGUGACGGGGAUCUUUUUUUUUCCAGAUCGAUGGUCGGUCCUACCACGAGUCCUGCGUCAAAUGCAGCGUCUGUGAAGAACCGCUCGUGGCCAAGUGCUUCAACAAGCACGGCCGGAUCUACUGCCGACAGCACUAUUUCAAGUGCGUCUCAUUUUUUCCAGUUUUCUUUGCAACUAUAAAAUCUUUUAGUCGAUUAAAAUUAGCUUGAGAAAUUCAGUUACAAGCAGAAAUCGGUUUGAAUAGGCUUGAAAAUGGAAAACGUUCGAGGCAGUAGAAAAUUAAAACAUGAUAUUUUCACUCAAAUGUAGUUACUAUAAAUGAGAAAUAAGGAAUUGGAUCAUAAAGCAAACAAAGGAAAACAGGAACAAAUAAGGAAUUUCGGAUCUUUUUUAGGGACUGCAGUGCUCACCGAUGCGCCGGAUGCAAGGAAGGAAUCUCGCCCAGUGAUAUGGUCUACAAGCUGAGAGUUGGUGGAUUAUUAUGUUGAUUUAAGGAAACUUCUUGAUUUUCGAGGCUCAAAAAGCUCCGAAAUGUUUUUGUUGCUACUUUUGACUGACUAUCUUGCUUUUUGGUCCGGUCAUUUUAUCGGAAAACCUUUGAAAGGGUCCAGCUGAUGAUAACGAGAAUAGCUGAUAAGAAAAAGAAAAAAACAAGUUGGGUUCAAAAUAAAACGGAAAAGUUGCUUACGAUUACCAAAGAACCAAUAAAAAGCUAUAAGCAGAUCGCAAAGUUUUUUUUAGCUACAUUAUCUAUAACAUGUUAAUUGAGAGCCAUAAUUUCAUAAAAUAUAUAUAUCACCGGAUGCUUUAAAAAUUUUUUUCUUAUAUUCUGCACAAACCUUUAUAAUCAUUAUCUAAUAUAACGUGAAAAAAAGACGGUUCCGAGGAAUUAAAAAGAUGCAUUCACUGAAAGGGAACGUUUUUUUUUAUCAAAACUGUUGCUAAAGUACUCUUCGAAACGGUCUAAAAAUUUUAGAACGCUUUCAAGUCGAGUUUCAAAUACCGGAGAGUUUUGAUGUUUUAUUCAAAUCUUUUUUUAGUGACAAAAAGAUAAUGUAAAACGCAAACUUUCAAAGUGAUUGUCGAGAAAAAUGCUUCUUAGAAGUCAAAGUCUCUUUUUGCAAAGACAACCUUUUUUUUUCAGACAGGCCUGGUGUUCCACGUAAGCUGCCACUGUUGCGCGACCUGCGGCCGAAGCCUGAACCCCGGCGAACAGAUUCUGGUGGACGAGGGGAGUCGCACCGUCGCCUGCAUGUCCCACUACGACGAGACGUCGGCGCCGCCGUCCUGGUCGAUGCCGCUUCCGCAGCUGAACUCCCAGGACGCGUCGUCUCUGCCGCCUCCGAGCGUCGAGGAUGGUGUCUGCGAGUCGAUGCCUUCCUGUUCCAGCGAACAUUUCGUCGACUUUUCUGAUUUCCACAUCAAAAAGGUUCUCUGAAAAAUCCGAAAACUGAUCAGAACUUUCUCUUAGGAAGUCGACACUUAUGGAUACAAUUUCGAAAGCUUCUCAUUCGCCGACUUUUGUGACGACGACUCGAAGAUGAUGAAAAGGCGAGGACCCAGAACGACGAUCAAGCAGAACCAGGUUUUUCUUUCCUGUCAUAACUGAGAUUUCAAAAACCCAGGGCACCCGAAGAGAAGUUUAUUUUUAGAAAAUUGAGCUGAUGAAAUCUUAAAAUCUGAAUUAUAUCUUGGAUUCAAAACAAACUAGUGUACAAUUCAAUGUGAAUUGCAUUUUUAUCCUUUUUAUAGCAGCUUAAGCCUUUGAUUACACAAAUAUUUGAAGAAACCGUGAUAAUUUUGCUUUCUAGCAGGCUCAACUCAAACUUUCCGCUUUUCAAAUUUCUUUUUGGUGAAUAAAUCAAAAAAUGUUUGCAAAACUUGAAAAAUUUUAGAAAAAGAAACGCGAACUUAAAACAUAUUUAUGUUUUUCAAGCAUUUUGAAGUCACUAGGUAAGUAAGCUUCUACCUUUCUUAUUGGGUUGAGAAAAAAGGAAUAACUAUAAUUUAUCGCAUUAAAGUUUUUUAACAUUCUUUUAAGCAAAAUUUGAGGAUUCAUGAGGACCCUAUCCUUUCUCAAAAAAAAGUAUUAUAUGUAAAUAUUUAAUCCUAUCAGAAUUUUUGCAGCUGGAUGUUCUGAACGAAAUGUUCUCAAGCACGCCGAAGCCGUCAAAACACGCCAGAGCCAAGCUCUCUUUGGAAACCGGCCUCAGCAUGAGAGUCAUACAGGUCUUUUUUAUCCGUUCGGCCUCAUUUUUACAUUCAAAAUGACUUCUUUCAUUUGGUUCUCUGCAGGUUUGGUUCCAAAACCGAAGAAGCAAAGAACGACGGCUGAAGCACCUGUGCAAUUACCUGCGGCACUACGAGCAACGGGGGCUCAUCCCGCCGCCGAUUCAGUUCCGUCAUGGCCAGUUUUUUCUUCAUUUCCUUCGCGUAAACUGUUUUCGAAGAGAAUUUCCUGUGUUUUGCAAGUUGUCAAGUAUGUUCUUCAGCUCUCAUCUUUUUCAGAUGGAAUGACGACUUCCGGAGAGUUCAACUCGCUGAUCAGCCCCUUCGACGACGACGACAUCGAGGAGGACUGA